AUGAGGCCCCUAGGUCUCUUACGCUCUUUUGCGAGCCUUGCGCUCUGCACGGCAACAUGGGCAAUGGACCCGACAGAUACCAUUAUGGAUGCCGAUCAACUUUGGCAAGACUCGGCUGCUGUCGGCUACCUCCCAACCCACAACAUGGAUCCAGCAACCAUUGAGGGAGGCGCAUUUGGCCAGAUUUGGUCCUUCACGACACCAAAGAAUCCUCUCAACCAGAUCGAGCAGUUCUACUCUAAACUUCUAGUCUACACACCAAAGGCCACGGGAAAGCAAACCGUCAUUGCCUUUUCAGAGCAAAACCGCAUCUACCUUCUCGAUGCGGUGAACGGCACACUCUACAAUAGCCGUGAUCUGAGCGAGCAGGAUCCCGCAGAAGCCCCGUUCAUGGUGUCCGACUUGGGCAACUGCAACGACAUUAGCGGAACAAUCGGUAUCACUGGUACGCCCAUCAUUGACCCCAACACAGAAACCAUCUACUUCUGGGCCAAGGGCUACAGGGACGCAACCACGAAAGGCUGGAAGAACGGUGCAUACCGUUUCCAUGCCAUUGAUGCAUGGACCUUGCAAGAGAGACCCGGCUUUCCAACCAACAUUGAAGGCAAGUAUGCCGAUAACGACAAAACCCGCUACUUCAACGGUGGCAGUGUCCUUCAGCGCACAUCCCUGAACCUUAUCAAUGGCGUGGUUUACGCUGGCUUUGGUGGCCACUGCGAUCUGUUCAACUACACCGGCUGGGUAGUUGGCAUGAGAGCUUCCAGUGGUGAGUUCGUCACAGCUUAUGCCGCUGCUGGUGGUGAUCGUGCCCCCAAGCAAGAUGGCACCUGGGAAGGAGGUGGUGGUGGCUGCGGAAUCUGGCAAAGCGGUGCCAUUCUGGCCUCGGACAACCCGAGUCGUCUCUUCUUCGCUACUGGAAACGGCUACGGAGUCAUGGCGAACCAACAGCUAGCCGCCGGCGGUAGAACCCACCUCGACACACUCUCCGAAGCCAUCGUCAAUAUGGCCAUCGAUCCCGUCACUGGAAAGGUCACGCAACAAGACUAUUUCGAGCCAUAUACUUACCAAGCUAUCGACUCUGCUGAUCGUGAUUUGGGUGGUGGCGGCGUUUCCAUCCUGCCAUUUGGCGGCGGUGGUGUCAAGCAGCUUGCGGUAACAGCAGGCAAGAACGGCCAGGCCUACAUCUGCAACGCUGAUAACCUAGGAGGCUACAAGAUGGGCACUGGCGGUGGUGACAACAUCAUCCAGACUAUCACUCCUCCUCAGGGUACAGCCAUGUUUGGAAACGUUGGCGCAUAUCCGCUUGAGGGUGGCUACAUGUACAUCACGCCAGUCGGUGCCCCGACUUAUGCCUACGCUCUUGGUUACGACUCAAGCGGAAGGCCGGCCUUCAGUGUAGCCGGUUCGACCCCUGACAAGUCGGCUGGAAGAGUUGGUACCGGAUCCGCAACCAUCACCACCCUCAACGGCCAACCGGGAACAGGCAUUCUCUGGAUGAGUGAUCCUGACAACGGAAUUCGCGCCUACCAUGCGGUGCCACGGAAUGGGCAGCUCGUAAAGAUUCCCCUUCCCGCUACUCCAGUCUUGUCCAAAUUCCAACGUCCAGUUUUUGGUGAUGGCCGGUACUACACCAGCACAUACACCGGACAGAUUCUGGCUUUCGGGUCCCCUGUCAAGUUGCCUUUUGACUGCGGUGGUCCUUUCAACCUCGGAGAGGUCCCCAUCGGAACAUCCAAGACGAUCAACGUCACUUGCACUGCCAAGAUCACUGUCAACCAGAUCACCAACAUCACAACUGGCAACCCCCUUUACAAGGUAUCCUUAGCCGACCUCCCCAAAACCGCGGUUACUGCUGGCAAAUCCUUCACCUUCCCUAUCAAGUUCGAUUUGGGUGGGUACACGUUGGACCCUGGCAGCACAAGCUCCCCGACCAUGCAACCUGGUGUGCAAUCCGGCUCUGUCACCCUCACCACAGUCAAUGCUGUUACGGGUUAUUCGACUACACAGCCCCUUUCUGUGACCGGCAACACAGUGACAGACGGACCAUUUGCGGCCAUCAACCCCAAUGCAGUUGAUUUUCAACCACUUGUCAUUGGCUCUGCCUCUGCGGAAGGAGGAUCGCAAAACACUGUGGUCAUACAGAACUUGGGUAAAGGACCCAUGAGAAUCCUCGGCUAUGCUUUCACCACCGAUAGCCCUAACUCGGCAGCUGCCACAUUUACGAACGUCACCAUCGAUGGCACUCGCUCUAAGCUUGAUGCCGACGGUUUCUUCAUUGCUGAGGAUCUGCCUGUGAUCGGUUCUACUGUCGCUGCUGGAUCAUCUGUGAUCAUUCACAUGACGUUCCUUGCACCCAAGCUGGGUUCCUUCGCUACUACAUUCACUGUCUUCACUGACGGUGGCAUGGCCUACUCUGUCUUGACCGGAUCUGCCAACUCGCAGCCCAUUGCUCUCCUCGAACAUUCCACCAGCGAAGGCGGCUGGGUGACGAUUCCUUUCUGCAAUGAUCCUACUCAAACUUGCACCUUCAAUAUCGACAUGGGCACUUCACCUGGCUUGACCACCACUGAAGUGACCAUUCGGUUCACGAACAAGGGCGGUUCUGAUCUGAUGAUUGACAAAUCGAAGCCCCCAAUGGGCUCUGUCCUUGGUGCCCAAAAUCCAAGCAGUGAUCUCUUUGAAGGCAUGGUGAUCAAGCCUGGAAAAUCCGAGAGUGCUACUCUCUUCUUCACACCUGGCGCUGCCCCUCUCAAUGCGGAUCCCAUUGUUUACGCCGGCGCCUGGACACUGAACGUUAACGAUCUCGCUUUCGGCGUGCAUGUUGUCAAUUUCAUUGGCACCCUACGUGCCACCAAAGUUGGCCCGACACUGCCGGAUGGAUCAGCCCGCUUCAAGUACCUUGGUUGCUACAGGGACAGCAGCGCCAACCGUCUUGAGACCACCCAGGCGCAGUUCCCUGCGGAUAACGACAACGGAAAGUGCCAGCAGUAUGCCAUCACCAACAAGGCUGCCUUUGCCGGCACCCAGUAUACCUAUGAAUGCUGGGUCGGCCGGAGCAUUCCACCUGCAAGCUUGAAAGUUGACGACUAUCUCUGCAACACUUACAUCUGCCCCGGUGACAAGUCGCAGUUCUGCGGUGGUGUGGGAAGCUACAUGAUGAUGUGGUAUGACACCACCGGCUACUUCCCCGAGAACGGUACCCUCGCUCCUGCUUUCAGGCCCCCUGCAAGCAAGACAGUUGUUGGUGACUGGGAGUAUGCUGGUUGCCGUACCGACAACUCGGCAUCCCCUGCGACCAGAGCCCUGAAUGACCGGAUUGUCGGACAGUCCAGCACCAACACUAUUGAGAGCUGCGCCCAAGCCUGUGCUGGCUUCUCCUUCUUCGGUGUUGAGUGGGGUGUAGAGUGCUACUGCGGUAACAAUCUCAACUCUGGUAGUACCGUUGCUGAUGAAAAGACCUGCAACUACGUCUGUGGCGGCGAUCCGACUGAGCUAUGCGGUGGUUCAGGCCGUAUCUCGGUUUACAAGCAAAAGGGUGCCGUCAUUGGUAACCCAUCAACCGGCGUGUCGUCUUCAUCUGGGCCAGCAUCUGGAACCGCUUCUGCCACUGCUUCUGCUUCUUCCACAUCCUCGUCUGCAGUUGCUUCCGGCACUCCUGGAAACCCACAGUCUAUCGGUCAAUACGGUUCCUUGGGUUGCUACAGCGAUGCUGUUGCCUCCCGCUCUCUCCAGGGCAAGAAUACUCAGUCCAAUGUCAUGAGUCUUGAUGACUGCGCUACGUACUGCGCUGGAUACAAGUAUUUUGGCACCGAGUACUCGGCUGAAUGCUUCUGUGGCAACGACCUUCUCAACGGAGCUGCCCCGGUCACCGACGGCCGCUGCAACAUGCUUUGCAAUGGCAAUCAACAACAAAUCUGCGGUGGUAGCAAUGGUCUCUCCAUGUACCAGCUCAACCCUAACGGCACCUCCAGCUCAGUCACCGCUUCUGGCUCGGCCACUCAAUCCGCCACGGCAUCUGGCACCGUCUCUGGUACUGCCUCCGGCACCGCUUCCGGUUCCAGCACCGCAUUGGCAACUACCACAUCCUCAGCUGUCCCAACCAUGCCGGCCGUAUCCGUCAAAUGCCCCGACAACAAUAAUGGCACAUACCUUUCCCUCAACGGCAAGACCUUCCUCCUCGAGUGCUUCACCGACCACGAAGCGGGCGAUUUGGCACUCGCCUACGUCGACAGUUACGCUCUGUGUGCCGAGAAGUGCUCCACCACCGACUUGUGCAUGGCUUUUGCGUACGUGCCUGGUGGUACUGGUAUUCAGGCCCCGUGCUACAUGAAGAAGUCGGUCGGACGUGGUUUUAAUAACCAGGCUGUUUGGGGAGCUCAGAUCAUUGCUGUGGCUUCUGCCUCGACCACGACGAGUGCUGCUGCUACAACGACAAAUGCGGCGAGUGCGACGGGCUCGAAUAGUGUUGUUGAUCCUUCUGGAUCGGUUGUGACUGGUUCGACUGCUACUGGCUCUGCUACCGAUUUCACUACCACCGGCUCGACUGCCACUGGGUCGACUGCUGCUGGUUCAUCAGUUGCCAGUGCUACAGGAUCGGACGCUAUUUCUGCCGCAUGGCCGGCCGCCUCCGGUACUGCCGCAACCUCAAUCGUCGCUUCUGGUUCCGGCUCGGGUGCUGCCUCCGGCGCGGCUUCGACAGCGGCCUCCACAGUGGCUUCCGGUAGUGCAUCUGCCAGUGUUACACCCUCAGCCAGUGUUACACCCUCAGCCAGCGUUGCUCCCUCGGUCAGCGUUGUUCCUUCGGACAGUGUUAUUCCCUCGGUCAGCGUUGUCACUUCGGGUAGUAUUGCUCCUUCGGAUAGUAUUGCUCCCUCUGCUACUAGUACUACUCCCUCGGCCAGCGUCAUUCCCUCGGCCAGCGUUGCUACCUCGAAUAGUGUUGUUCCCUCGGCCAGUACUACUCCCUCGGCCAGCAUUAUUUCCUCGGCCAGCGUUGCUUCCAGUGCUAGCGUUGUUCUUAGUACUAGCAUUGCUCCUCCGGCCAGUACAGCCGCCCCAGAAAGCGUUGCUCCUACUGGAAGUGUUGCUCCAAGCGCGAGUGUAUCUCCUGGUUCUAACACCGGCCUCGCUCCCACAAACUCAGCGAGUGUCGCUCCCACGAAUAGUGCCAGCGUCGCCCCUACGAAUUCCGUAAGUAUCGCUCCCACUGCGAGUGAUGCUCCUACUACGAGUAUUACUCUCAGCUUCGCUCCAGGAUCCAGCUCGUCUACUAGUGCUCCUGCGAUUGUCAGUACCACUCUCACUGCACCUACUGUCACCUCAGUUUCUUCUGCCGCUGGCACAACUACUACAUCCGCUGCGGCUGUCACGAGUACAGAUCCUGCUCCAGUCACCAUUACUACCACUACCGCUAUUACUUCUACCACGGACUCAACCUCAGCCUUGCCUACAACUAGUACAACUACUACAACCGCCGCCGCCGUUGCUACUACAGCUCCUACCCAAGCCACCACGACCAUCGCCACUGCUGCCACUACUUCCACCGCGAACACCGCCUCAGCCUCGCCUACAAUUCCUGCUGUUGUGAACUGGGACUACCAAGGAUGUGCCAGUGACUCCAACACCGCCGUGCCUACUGCUCGCGCACUCAAUGGCACCUACCUAUACGACAAAGACGGCAUGACCAUCCAAAAAUGCCUUAACUACUGCGCCCAGCAAAACUACCCCCUCGCCGGCCUCGAGUUCCAAUCCCAAUGCUACUGUGGUCUCGAGUUCAAGCCCGGCUACAGCCUCGGCCAGACUGGUUGUAAUCUCACCUGCGUCGGUGACCCAUCAACACGCUGCGGUGGCCGCGCUCGUCUGGACGUCUUCAGACAAACCAACUACGUGACGCCCCGCCUCGUCAACCCGUCUGUGGUUAACGGGCGCUUGGCGACGCCACAGGGUUGCUUCGUCGACAACUCAACGGCUCGUAUCCUCAAAGCUCACUCGUACACCAACAGCACGAGCAUGACGGUCGAGAUGUGCCACGAACGCUGCCAAUCGAGGGGCUACAGUCUCUUUGGCGUGGAGUUCGGCAAGGAGUGUUACUGCGCCAAUUCGCUCGCGGACACGGCAGUGGCGGCGUCGGAGCUGUAUGAGUGCAAGAGGUUGUUCUGCGUCGGUGAUAAGACGGAGUUCUGCGGUGCUGGCUCAAGGUUGCUGCUUUACAGUAUUCAGCCGGCUGGGACUACUUCUCCUGCUAGGAGGAGUAUAGGAAGGAGAGACGAGGGGAUGGUGAAGGUGAAGUUACCCAAUUUGGGGAAAGAUGGGGAGCCUGAUAAUGAGUUGAACUGGGAUGGUGAUGGGGGUGUGGGACAAGUGAAAAGAAGCGGCUCUGGGUGGAAGAAAAUUGAGAGGCGAUGGGGACGUAGUGUUGGACGGUGAUGAUGAUACUUGGGUGUUUUUUCUGUCUUCUCUUUCUUCCCCGUUACAUGCAUUGUUGUUAUUGUUAGGCAUGCUGAUAAGGUGUGCGCGGAAGGAUGUAAUUAUUAGUGGCUCGGAGGUUACUUAGAGCAAAGGAAGCGUACGCAUAUACAACUGUCUCCCAAUCUAAUCAUACAUGUUGUCUUAA